AUGGCGGAAAGCAAUCGUCCAUCAAGCCGGGCGGAAGCCCAACGCUUGGUGCAGAGCAUUGCCGAUGACCAUCGCCCCAUCCCCGAGGAAGUACUGAGUCGUAUGUCGGAUAUGGAUCGUCGGCAGGUUGAAAAUGCCAUUCUUAGGAAGGAUCAGAAGCUUGGUUCUUCUGGUUUGACGUACUUAGCCCAGAGCCUUUACACGAGCAAUGCUCGGUCCAUUUUAGAGCUGCUCCAGAAUGCUGAAGACAACGACUACACCAAGGCCCAAGGAAAAGGCGAGGCGCCGUUCGUGUCGUUCAGCGUGUACCCCAAUCAGCUGGUGCUGGAAUGUAAUGAGGACGGGUUUACGGAAGAGAACCUGAGAGCACUCUGCAGCGUCGGUCAAAGCUCCAAGACUGGAGCUGGAGGGUACAUCGGCGAGAAAGGCAUCGGGUUCAAGUCGGUGUUCAUGGCAGCGCAUCAAGUCCACAUCCAAUCUGGCCAUUUCUCAUUCUACUUUCGACACCGCGAGGGCGAUUCCGGGCUCGGCAUGAUCACGCCCAUCUGGGAGGAAGAUGUACCGUAUCUCGGUGAUAGGUGCACGCGAAUCACCCUAGACUUGGAGAAGGGUGAGACGCCGGAAGAGCAAACAAACCGCACCCAGGCGAUCCGGCAGCAGUUCGAGGAAAUCCACGACGCAGUGCUUCUGUUCAUGAAGAGGCUUCAGAGGAUUGAGAUCAAGUUCUAUGAUCAGGAACAAGGCAGCGCUGCUGACCCAGUGAACACCGUGACCCACUUAAUAAGUCGCCGAGGCCCGAGAACUAUCUAUAAGAAGCACACAUCUCGACCGGGCCACGAAAAGACACACCUUCGAUAUUACCACGUCAGGAAGAUUGCCGUGACAGGGUUGACCAAAGCUGAGAACCGCAUCUACUCACAACUCGAAAAGGACUCCGAGGCCUAUGCCAGAGGAGAGAUUGUUCUGGCCUUUCCCGUGACGGCGGACUCGGUACCCCUCCUAGAAGACCAAUGGGUAUUCUCGUUUCUGCCCGUCUACCGGAUGGGUUUCAAGUUCUUGGUUCACGCAGACUUUGUGAUGCAGGAUGACGAAAAGGACAUUGUUCCCACCUCUGCCCGGAACCGGGAGCUUGCCAGGCAUAUCGCGAAGGGCUUCGUCCAGGAGAUUGUUCGGUUGUGCGCUCAGAAAACACUUCUGUACCAGUGGAUGCGGUACCUUCCCGAGGAAAGUGAAUUAUAUCCCUGGGACGGAUUCUGGAAGGGAGUCGUCGAGGGUAUCAGGAAGCAACUUAAGCAGACGCCAGUUUUCUGCCCAGCCAUCCCGGGCCCGCCCCGGCUGAUCGAGAACGUCCGGAGACUCCGACCUGAGCAUCUCGAUGCGUCUGGUGAACCUUUACUUCCCGACAUUGACCCGUGGCCCUACCUGUCUCCUCGGUACGAGAGCGCGGAUCUGGACCGAUUGCGCGAUCUUGGACUCCAGGAUCUGGACAUGCAGGGGAUCGUGUUGAGGGUCAAGUCUGAUCUUGCAGCACAAAUAUCGAGGAUCCAAACGACUCAGGACGAAGACUGGCAAUCACGCCUGGCGAGGUUAUUGCACGGACUGUUUGUGGAGGACACAACAGUCAACAUCACAAUGCAGUGGGCGCGUCGCGCAUUGUGCCGUGAGCUGAUGGAGUCGAACCUGGUUCCCCUGACCAACGGUACCUGGACCUCAGCGGCGUCUGGCUUUAUCUAUUACUCUAGGGUUCAAGGCACUGAUCUAGACAUCCCCCCGGGUCUAGCUCUGAAUAUUAGGGUCGUGGAUUCAACGGCUACUGCCGACGCCGAUCGGAAACGACUCUUUGACGUUCUGGGCGUCAAGAAUGCGCCGCUAGAUCUUGUCCGAGGAGCCGUUUUCCACAGGUGCAGCACCUCCAACCCCACGCUGUCAGAAAGUGUGUCCUAUCUUCGUUUCCUGUACCUCACCGAGCCUCUUUCAAAGGAGAUGUACGAUCUCACUGAGAGGUUCCGAAUUUAUUCUCAUCACGAACGACUCGAGGACGCAACGAAAACGGAUAUCUUUGUCGUAAAUAACGACCCUUUCGGGGCAGCGCAGCUCCUACAAGCGACGGCACCUGGACCUGAUGCGGGCGCUGGUGCACCCGGACUGGAAGGAGCUCUCUUUGCACAUCCGGCCUACUUCCAAGAUCCUCCCGAACGAGGUGCCGAUGAUGAUAACACCUGGGAGCGCUGGCUCACUCAUACCUGCGGGCUUCAGGCUGAGGUCACAUGGUUCCGCCAAACCGGACCUGACACGCCAGAGCGUGAGAUGACUCCAGCUUGUAUCCAUGUUGCCAAGCACCGGCCUGAGAUGUUCCUCAGUCUUCUCCGUGUCAUUUGGAAACGCUACGGACUCCAUAAUGAGCCCAGGGACAGCGCCGUUCUCAAAGAGCUCGGCUGGGUCCCGGUUCUGCGCCUGGGGCCCGGUAUCAACCUUCGACCGCUCAACUCGACGUUUCUCCCUGAUGAGGAGGUGAUGAGGGUGGUUAAUGAGUGUUUGCUUGAUGGCGAGUUCUUUCCCUGGUUGGUGGUGAAGAUUCCGAUGGGCAUCGACAAGGCGACUCUCGCUGAGUGGAGAUGCUUGGGCUCGGCGUUUGGCUUGGGAUAUGACCGCAAGAUGCUCCCCAUUGCCCUGGCUGUCUUGAAUUGCAUCGUGGAGGCGAAUCCUGUUGCCGAGAAUCUAGAUGACCCAGCACGUGUGAUUGAGGUCUAUGCGUACCUUCAGGCCAAAGUGGAUGAAUCUACACAUCGCACGUCGUGUAGAGAAAAAAUACGGAGUGCAUUUGCGUCCCGACCAUCAAUCUUUGUCCCUGAAACUGAGAUACAUGGUCCAUCUUGGGCCGAGCCUCAAGACUGUCUCUGGAAUUCACCCAUCCCAAUAGUCACCAAAUACACGCUAGCCAGAGCGUAUACGUCUGCAUUCCCAGACAGCGAUGACAUUCUCGCCCCCCUUCAUACAUUCUUCGUGCGCACUCUUGAUAUUCCCAACUGCACCUGGAAACAUAUCGUGGCCGAAAUCAGGCAUUACUCGCUUGGGGUAUUCGAUGAUUUCGAUUUGGACAGAGCGAGGGAGUUGUACAAGUGUCUUUUUGAUAUGCGGUUGGAGGGAACUCCGGCUCGUAAUCUCAAAGAAACAUUUUCACGCGAAGCGCUCAUCUACGGCUUCGACAACAAAUGGCACACCGCUUCCGACUGCCUAUGGUCCAGCAGCAUUCCCAUCAACAACAAACUCAUCCUCGACAAUAUAUAUGGCGACGACUUGCGGGACGCCUUCGUCAGCGUCCUGGGCGUGCCGGAGCUGACGGUCCGGCUGGUCUACGAUAAACUCGCGGCGGCAACGGGCCAGAACGGCCUCGUGCUUUCCGUCGACGAGGCCAAGGAGACGUUGCGUGUGUUUAACUCGCUCCUAGCAGCAGCCGGCGGCGAGGUAUUGGUCUCGGCACGUGUGAUUCGGAAUCCGGUGUUCCCGGUUCGGUUUCCGAGCGGCGAGGUCCGGCUUUGUCCAGGCAUCAAAGAUUUCGCAGUGAGGGAUCGUAAGGCUUUGAGUGAAGACUUUGCGGGACUGGCUAAUUUUCUCGAUUUUGACAUGGAAGAGGUCCGGAGGCUGCAACGGGUGUUGGGAUGGGCUUCCCUGGGACGCAAGUACUUGUCUAGGAAAGUCGAGGAGAUCACCUGCCCGGACAUGAAAUCUGCACGACCAAUUUCAACGCCUCAUCGCGAUAUUAGCAGACAUGCACACUCUUUGCUUCGCAUUGCAGUAACGUAUAACAGCCCGAGAACCACUGGCAGUAUCUCCAACCUCUACAACCUCUACACACUCUUCCAGAAAUCGGAAACGCUCGAGACAGACGCCAUCACAACCGACCUUCUCCUAACCCAAGACGAAACCGACCUGCGCGUAUCAAAACCCUCAGCCUCACUCCACAUCCAGGAGGAUCCUAACAGCCUGAAAAUCUACGUCCCAGCAGACAAGAAGCGUCAAGAAGUCUGCUUCCACAGCAUACUCCCCCGCCGCUUAUGCAAAUGGAUCCUGACAGAUCCCGCGACGCAGGGUCGUCCUCUGUUGUCAGUCUGGCAGGAAGCGGUGCCUGUUGUUCAGAGCGUGCUGAACGCUCAGGCGUCUGCGACUGAUGAUAUUCUGAGUGAACUUGGGAUUUUGGAGGUCGAUAUUGACCACAGGAGUGUCGAGGUUUCCGCUGACGGGAAAGAGGAGGAGUCCAGCAGCAGCAACGGCGGCCAAUUUACUCCUGGGUCAACAAUCCUUCCGUCCUCGUCGGUCAUGUCACCCGAGCCCACCGGGGCCAUCACGCCGUCCGUGGUGGGCGGGGAGGCCACGAGUGAUGACAACGCUUCUGGACGCAUUACUCCUUCUCCGUCACGUGGUGCCUUUGAUAUGGCUACCGUUGAUGCGGCGCUGCCGGGGGUUUCGGGGGCGUAA